AAAAGAGAAUCAGAGAUUAUCCACACCUAGCAGGAAAUAAAGGUGAGCAAAGAUGUCCAAACUAGAAACUGCAAUGGGAAUGAUCAUUGCUGUCUUUGACAGGUAUGCAUCAACUGAAGGCAAUAAGCUAACCCUUACUAAAGCAGAACUGAAGACUCUCCUGGAAAAAGAGCUCCCUAACUUCUUGGCGUCGGCAAAAGACAAGGAUGCUCUUGACAAACUCAUGAAGAACCUGGAUGCAGAUGGAAAUUCUGAAGUAGACUUCAAUGAAUUUGUCAUCUUUGUGGCAGCCAUGACUUCCUGCUGUCAUAAAUACUUCGAGCAGAAAGGACCAAAAUGAUUGAAGAACACCUCAUAUAUGAAUCUGGGGUUAUUCUGUAUUCCACAUGCUAAUAUUAUUGAUAGCUUUCUUUGUUCCAUGUACUAAGAUACUUUU